UUUGGUAGUGUGAAUGGUAAGAAGUUAUCUUUUGAUGUGGAUGAUGAUAAGGUUGUGGAUGAGGAAAUAUCACUAGAAUCAAGACAGGCUGAGUUGGAGUAUGAAAACAUACAACUUACAAAUGCAGAAGAAGAUAUGCGUCAUCCCAUAGAUGAUUGUAGAAGUCCAGUUGCUGAUGAUGCAGAAAUGGGUAUUGAAGUGUAUACUGAAUUUGUGAACAACUACUUUGGGGGAUUAGACUCUUUUGAUUUCUUACAUCCACAACUAUAUAAGAAAAAGGGAAAUGCAAAUGAAGCCCAGAAUGACAAAAAUUGUGGUGUUGUUGAGGAGUGUAAUCCAAAAGGAAAAGAAGUAGUUGUUGUACCAUCUGAUACAGACAGUGGUGAUAGUGCUAGUAGCAGUGAUUCUGAAGAUGAAGAAGGCACUUUAUCAGUCCAAGGAGUUGCAGCUGAUGAUGGACAAAAAUGUGUUUGGGGGUCACAUGUAGAAGCUGCUGAAAGAACAAGUGCUUUUGAUGAUGACACUGGAGAUGCUGAUGAAUUUUUGGAUGUUGAUACAAUGUUUGUUGGAAUGGAGUUUAUGGAUAGGAAAGACUUUAAGAAGCACUUAAGGGCAUGUGCAGUGAAGAAGAAGUUUCAGUACAAGUUGAGGCCCAAUGACAAAGAAAGUAUAAAGGUUAAUUGCAAGUAUAACAAGUCUCAGAGCUGUGAGUUUUUUAUUUAUGCAAGUGUCAGAACUGGUGAACCUACUUUCAUACUCAGAAAGAUGAACUUGGAGCAUACAUGUGUCACUGAAGGUGUAACAAGAAACAGGACAUCAAAUGCAGAAUUUGUGGCACAAUUUUUGUAUGAUAAACUGAAGAAUGGAGACCCAAUGCCUAUUCUUUCAUUUCUUCUUUCCUUAUAUAUUCUUAUCUCUUUCUCUCUUCUUUCUUUGUGCAGCCAGAAGGAAUAGUUAAUAUGAGACCUCCUAUUGACAUCAGAAAACCAGGGAGACCAUGUAAGAAAAGAAAGAGAGCUUAUGAUGAAGGUCACACUGAGAAGAAGGUUAGAAGUUGUUCAAGGUGUAAGACUAUUGGGCACAACAAGAGAACAUGUGCUGGUGCACCUGUUGGAUCUAAUCCAAAGGCAAAAAGGCAAAAAACUAUGGUUCAAGGAGGAUGUCACUCCACUUCUUAUCCAGAUCCUCAUGAGCUUAGUACCAGUAGGAGAGGCAGAAAAGCAACAAGGGGAAGAGGAGGUGCUUCAAUAUAUCUGCUGCUGCUGAAUCAUCAUCGUCUCAACCUACAGAUACUGCUACUGCUGGUGCAUCAUCAUCAACAAAUGCAGGUGGUAGAGGUUCAACUGGUGGUAGAGGUUUAAGAGGAGGAAGAGGUUCUAGAGGUGGUAGAGGCAGGUCUGGCAGUACAGUGCAGGUGCAACAAACACUGUCACAGAGCAUUGCAGGUGUUGGUGGGUUGAGUCAAACACUAACUCAAACUUUCACAGUGCCAAAACCAAAAGGAAAAAAAAAGGUUACAGUUCCUGCUGCUGCUACUCAAUAAGUCAUUUGGUUCUUGAUUAUGGUUCUUCCAUGGACACAGUUUAUGUUAUUAAAACUACUUCUUUUGUUACUGCAUCUGUUUGCAGAAGUAUGACUGGUAUCUAUGUUUUGGAUUGUUGAACUCAGUUAUGUUAUGUG